CGCAUGCCCGGUGAUAAUUCUAUGUAACUUCCUUUUUCCGGUUUCUCUUGCGAAAUUAGCUGACAUAUUUUCAGCAGGAUUAAUUAUCCAAACAAAUCAACCAUUCAAAAUGAUCAUUUAUAAGGAUGUGUGUACAAAUGAAGAGCUGUUUACUGAUGCAUACAAGUUGGGUUUUGAAGGUCCUGAUAACUUCCUUAUAUCUGUUGAGGGAAAGCUGGUCACAAGGCCCAAAGGAGGAGAUAUCAGUGCUGAUCUUAUAGGAGGAAAUCCAUCACAAGAAGAGCAACAGGAAGGUUGUGAUGAGGUGGAGAUGGAGUCAGGAAUUGACAUUGUCUUGUCACAGAAAUUGACAGAUCAAUCUGAUUUCUUCUCUAGCAAAAAGGUUCUUCAAAGUUACCUGAAGAAGUGGUUGAAGAACACAGCUGAUGCUCUUAAAGACAGUGAACAAGAAGAAAAAUGUGCAAGUUUUAAAAAAGACUGUCAAGCUCAUAUCAAAUUGUUUUUAGAGAAAUGGUCACCAGACGCAUCAGUUUUUGCAGAUGAAAAGUUUGACCCUGAGGAAGCCAAAAGUUCUCUCCUGAUUGCUGUUUGGUCAGAGGAUGGUAUGGGUGCCACUUUGUAUGGCAUCAGGGAAGCCCUGUGCGAUGAGAAAUGUUAAAUUUUUCCACAGCUGCUGACACAGUAUAACGUUACAACACUAAGCAUACUUUGAACACUCAUGAACAUUAUGAAGAAAAAGAUACAAAAAGAAGAUGAACCUGGAGGCUGACAUUUCUUGUACUUUUCAUGAACUUAAAAUUUCUGACUGUAAAACAUUUAAUUUUUUAAGGUGCAAGUUAAUGUUUAGUCAUAAUAAGGGGCUUCGAACUGCAUAUAUAUUUGCAACUUCUCAAGUUAUACAUUGGAUUUUCUACCUCACAAGGAGGAAGCUAUUUGUUGUUAAAAGUUUCCGUAUCUUCCAUUUUGGUACACUAGUUAAAGCCAUCAUGAUGCAGAUAUAAUUUUGGUGGUUUUAUGUAAGAUUCAAAUAAAUCAUGUUAAAUUCUUUCAAGGUUAAAACUUGUAGUUUGGAAAGUGCAAUAAUUUACACUAUGUUGAAAUUUUUAAGAAAAUGCCCAAGAACCCCUUUCAGACAGACAUGAAACAUAAAAUAACCAAAGGGUUGUCUUGUGUUUUAUUUCUGACAUUGCUUAUGUGAUAACUAGCAUAACAAGCCAAUAAAAGUAUUUAUUAAAACAUUA